UUCAGUUAUUCGGAAGCAGCAUUAUUGAUCGGAUUAAAAUAAGAAUAAUGGGUGCAUUUGUAAUAUUAAUUUCUAUUAUUUUAAUAAUUUUAUGUAAAUAUAUCAAUAGAUUAAUCACAUUUAUUAAAUUUUUUAUCACAAUUAACAAAAUUCCCGGUCCUGUACCAUAUCCAUUAUCUUAUUUCGUUGUAGCUGCUUUGAAAAUCAAAGAAGAAGAUCGCAUAUUAUGGAUUCAUGAUCUUAAUAAAAGAUUCAAAAAAGGUCUCAUAAAAGUUGCUGUUUUUUUGGAUGCUUAUAUUUUAAUAAGUAAACCACGACUAAUGGAGGCUAUUCUACCAAAAACGGAAAAUAUAACAAAAGCUCAUUUGUAUGACAUACUUCGUUUAUUUUUGGGUGAUGGUCUAUUAACUUCGAAUGGUGAAAAAUGGCAUCAUGAUAGAAAACUUUUAACACCUGCUUUUCAUUUUGGUGUUUUGGAACAAUCCAUAGAAUUUAUGUCGGAAAAAGCUGAAAUUCUUGUACAAUGUAUUGAAAAUGAAUUAAAAAGAAAUUCAGAAAAAUCAAUUGAUUUUUUUAAAUAUUCUGUUAAAUGUGCACUAGAUAUUAUUUGUGAAACUUCAAUGGGAGCAAAUAUGGAUGUUCAAAGGAAUCACGAUAUACAAUAUAUCAAAGCCUUAGAAAUUUUAAUUUUGGGACUAACGAAAAGAGGAUUUUACCCAUGGUUAAAAUGGGAUUGGAUAUUUUAUAAAACAAAAUUGGGAAAGGAUUGUAAAAAUUCUGCAGAGAUGAUGAAAAACUUUACAAUCGACAUUAUCAGGAAAAGAAGGCAACUUCGCAUAAAGAAGAAUUCGGAAGACAUACGAGACGAAUUUGGUAAACGAAAGAAAAAAGCAUUUUUGGAUCUUAUUUUGGAUUUAGAUGAGAAUGAAAAAGUUCAUAUGACUGAUGAAGAAAUUAGACAGCAGGUCGAAACUUUUAUGUUCGCUGGUCAUGAUACAACUGGAUCAGCAAUAAAUUGGGCGAUUUUCAACAUUGGAAACAAUUUGGAAGUUCAAAAAAAGAUACAUGAAGAAUUGGAUGCUGUAUUUGGUGACUCAAAGGAACCAGCAACUAUGCAACAAAUUUCUCAACUCUCAUACCUAGAACGCGUUCUCAAAGAAAACCUCAGACUCUAUCCUUCUGUUCCAGUGAUUGGACGACUUUUGACAGAAGACACUGAAUUAGAUGGUUAUACUAUUCCAAAAGGAACAAAUUUUGGCCUUCUUAUAUUUUCUGUACAUCGAGAUCCAGAAACAUGGCCUGAUCCUGAAAAAUUUGAUCCCGAUCGAUUUUUACCAGAAAAUUGUCGAAAUCGAAAUCCAUACGCUUACAUUCCAUUCAGUGCUGGACCGAGAAAUUGUAUAGGAACAAAAUUUGCAAUGGCGGAACAAAAAAUUGUUUUAACAGCAAUCCUACGAAAAUGGCGCGUUAAAAGUGCAAAAAGUCCUAAAGAAAUGAAAUUUCAAACUAAUUUGAUCCUUUCUCCACAUAACGGAAAUCCUAUCUAUUUUAUUCCUCGACACUGAAAAAAAGGGUUUGGUAUUGAUAACCAAACGUUUGGUUGGUAUUUAAUCAACCAAAAUUUUUUUGUUGAAUCAACAAAAUUUUAAUUGUCUCAAUCAAAAUUUGUUUGACACAACCAGAAUUAGAAAAAAAAGGAUUUUUGUUGUCCUAACUAAAGUUUGAUUGGGACAACCAAAAUUUUGUUGAUUCAAUAAAAAAAAUUUGGUUGCUUAAAUACCAACCAAACGUUUGGUUGUCAAUACCAAACCCUUUUUUCAGUGGAUAAAUAUAAUAUUAUUAUCUUAGUAUUCUUAUUAUUAUUAAUAUUAUUUUUUGUGAAAUUUAAAAAAGUGUAUCAAAAAAAUGUAACAAAAUACACGUGUUUUAAAAUAAUUAAAUUAAAAUAAAAAAUUAAUUAAAAUA